AAAGACCACUACAGGACCGCACUCAGUUCAGUGACCGAGACUUAGCUACCCUUAAGAAGUAUUGGGACAAUGGCAUGACCAGCCUGGGCUCUGUUUGUAGAGAGAAAAUUGAAGCCGUUGCAACUGAAUUAAACGUUGACUGUGAAAUAGUUCGGACUUGGAUUGGGAAUCGAAGAAGGAAAUAUCGUUUAAUGGGGAUUGAAGUUCCGCCUCCAAGAGGAGGCCCUGCUGAUUUCUCUGAGCAGCCUGAGUCUGGUUCCUUAUCUGCACUCACACCAGGAGAGGAAGCUGGGCCUGAAGUAGGAGAGGAUAAUGACAGAAAUGAUGAAGUAUCCAUCUGCUUGUCUGAAGGAAGCUCUCAAGAAGAGCCCAAUGAUGUUGUUCCAAAUGAGGCAAGGGUUCAUAAGGAAGAGGAUCACCAUGCAGUAUCCACAGAUAAUGUGAAAAUAGAAAUUAUUGAUGAUGAAGAAAGUGACAUGAUAAGUAAUUCUGAAGCUGAACAAGUAAACUCGCUCUUGGAUUAUAAGAAUGAAGAAGUCAAAUUCAUUGAAAAUGAGCUAGAGAUUCAAAAGCAAAAAUACGUUAAACUUCAGACUUUUGUUAGAAGCUUGAUACUAGCUAUGAAAGCUGACGAUAAGGAACAACAGCAGGCACUGCUGUCAGAUUUACCUCCUGAAUUAGAAGAAAUGGAUUUCAAUCAUGCCUCGCUGGAGCCUGAUGAUACCUCAUUCAGUGUUUCUUCUUUAUCAGAGAAAAAUGUCUCAGAAAGUUUGUGAUUUCAAUUGGAGGGAAUAUAUAAUACAGCCUUUUGGCUUCCUAACAGGUGUGCAUUUCAAGAUAACUGCAUUCGGUUGCCCUGAUAUUCUUUAGUUGGGAAAACACGUUGUUGAAACGGACAUAUUCUGUGAAGAAUAUAAAAGAUAUAAUGGCUACAGUGCAAAAAAUAUAGGUGAAAUUUAAAAUCAUUGAGAGAGUUUUUUUUAACUGAUGAAACUCUGGAAAAAAAAAUAUGUAUCUAAGUUCGACCAGUUUAACCCUGAAAUUCGUUAUGUUUCAUUACUGACCAGAGUCAAAAUAACAAAAGACAUUUCAGCAUCGCUUAUCAAGUUGGUACAGCUUGAUUAGUCUUGUUUUUGUAGCCAUUACAUCUUCUUUCUUCUUCUCUCCUUUUCAUAUCAUCCACAUACACUUUUUCUCAGGAAAGUGGACUGAACAUUUAAAACAAAACGUUAAAAAUUUAUUUAACUAAUUAUUUAGUGAGUUCUUGGACUUAUUUUUUAACCCUUAUGAGAAUUUGACUUAAGCUAAUGAUUGAAUAUUGAAAUGCUUACAGGUAUGUAAUUGUAAAUUGCUAGUGUUAUCCUAUUAUCUAACCCAAAUAUUUGUGUGGGGGUGGGGAAGCACAAUGGACAGGUAAUUUAACCAAUAUAAAAUCAAAUAAAUUACUAAGUGUACAGAAACAAAAUGUUGUCAAAAUUAGUCUUGAUGGGGACUCUUCAUUACUACAAAUGACAAAUAUUUAUAUGAUUGACAUUCUAGUAGUAAAUUUGUAUAACUGAGUUAGAUGAAGUAUUACUCAUGUAUUUUAAAUUUAUCACCAUCUUUAUAAUUCUUUUUUAGUUCUUACAUGUUAUGAAACAGGAAAUCAAGGUAAGCUGCUGAGAUUUUUUAAAAAUUUAGUCAUUCAGCUUUGCCACAAUAUACCUCAUUUCCACAUGAGGCCUGUACAGAGCCAUCAGCCAAGGAUAGUAUUCAAAAAGAGUUAUACUACUUUGGUUGUAAAUCACAGUCCUCUGAAUUCCCUGAAUACUAUUCUAUGAGUACACACCUAAAAUGGGCAAGCUACCCAGUUGUUCUAUUAGUAGGUACCAGAUGGCAACACACUGUAGACUGUUCUUUGCAGUCCUUCCUUUCCGGGGUACCAGAUGGUAUUACCAAGACCCAUAGAAGGGAAAAUGCCAGUUUCUCCCUAAGCUCACAGUGUCGUAUAUUUGUGACUUGGAAGUGUGGAAUUGUGUUGCAUGGUUAAAUUACUAUCUAUACCUAAAAGAUUAAUGAUGUAGCUAGAUGGCUGUUUUGGUCAUUCUAUUUAAAAUUUGUUUUUAAUUUUUAAUUUUUGUGAGUACAUAGCAGGUAUUCAGAUAGUUUUAAAAUUUGUGAUUAGAGCCAAAUUUGAUCUUGAAAUUUACUAAUACCAAAUUAAGAAUACAGAAAGGCAGUCAUAAAUAUCUUUAACCUUGAAGUGUCCCCUCCUCCCCCACACACAAAUAGGUAAGGUCCCAUGGAUAGUCUUUCAUUUUGUCACUUAUUUGUUUAUAUUGCUACCAUACUACUGAUAUUGUUCCUUUGUUAGUAGGAAUAUUUCAGUGUUCAGGUAUGCUUCCUUUUAGCUGAGAGCCAUAUGGAGUUUUGUAAACAGUGGUAAAUAUUGAUUGCUGACAAGUUAAAUUCCAUUCAGGGAAAGCAGCACGGAGUAACAGAAUCUCAGAUAUUAGGAUUAAAUAUACCAGUCACACUAAUUCAUCUAUGAGAUAAAGAGUUGUCCCCAUAUACAGCAAAUUUAGAAACCAUUUCUUAAGUAGCAUGAACAAAUUCCAGGUCUUCAAGUCUCUCCUAGGGUCUGCUUCAUAGUAAUUUAGUUUAUCUUUCAAAUAUAAUUACUUCGGCUUCAAUUUAAACCCCUUCUUCUUUGGUUCUCAUUGCAAAUUAAGUAUAGGUAUACUCUCUUUAGUUUUUAACACUAUGGAUUGUAUUUGUCACACAUCAGCCAUUAGUCACUAAAUCGAAAAAUACUUGUUGAUCUCCUGCUAUAGAGAAGGCACUGUGCUGGACAUUGGAUUUCUUGGCAAGCUGUAAACCUCACAAAUAAUUAUUUCUUGUGAACAUCUUCCAUGAUAUUAAUAAACCUUAUUUAAGUAGAAUUUUUAAUAGAUUUAAGGGUUUUGUGAGGUGUGAUUCUUAGAAGGAUUUCUAGUCUAUAAUUUAGAGAGGAGCAGAGAUGAUCUUUUUGUCUCUGUUUAAAGUUUCUUUAAAAUAGAAACUAUAUAAAUCAUAACAGUACAUUUAGGACUCCUUUUGUCUUGAAAUUUGUGUUUCAGCACCAGAAUGUUUUUCUUCACCAUCAUUGGAAUUAAAACACUUAUAAAACAAAAUGUGGCCAUUCUGUAGCAGAAACCACAGGAAAUACCUGUAUCCAGAGAAAAAGAAUCAUAAUUGUCAGAUUGAAAUUAUGCAUGGUAAAUUCUGAAAAAGAUGUCAAGGCCAAGUACUGAAAAGGUGUUAUGAAGAAAGUAUAUUUUUCACAUAUGUAAAUAGGAGUUGAUUUUGAGAUAUCUUAGGGCAGGAAAGAUUAUCCGCUAAUAAAUUACUGUUGUGAACAUCUUCAAGGCUGGGGAUAAAAAUCAACUAACUAGUAUUUCUUUCUUUAGGAGUUUAAUAGUAUUAAAACAGACCUUACUAUCUGAAGGCUCUCUCAGGGAGACAGAAGCCAAUGUGAAAUAAUAAUAACUUCUUUUUUUCUUUCAAGUACAUUUCUAUGUCUGCUUUAAUCUUAGAACAGUCAAGCAGUUUCUAAGCCAGAAACGUGUAUGUAAGAGCACUUACCUUCCAAAAUGUGUACAUAUGAAAUAAAGGAAGGUAUUUUCUUCUUUUCAGCCAAGCUAAACUUAGUCACAAGUAAAUGAGAAUCGCAAUUGCUCUGGAGAAUAGGAAAACUUAGCACAUGCAAAGAAAACCUUAAAAGAAAAUUGGUCUCUUCAUGGAAACUGGGGAUGUUUUGUUGUAAAGUGAGUUAUCAACAGCAGGAAUGUUAUAUUGCCAUUGCAAGCAUGUGAUAGAAAUGUUUUGUUAUUGUUGGAGAAGAAAAGGCUGAGACCCACUUAUAUUCUGUCCUCUUUAUUCGACCAAGACCUCAAAAGAUGUCAAAGAAACCAUUUCUCCAAAGACAGCAACAUCUAUUGUGAGGCACUUUCAUAUUCAGCAGUCUGUAAGUUUGUAGGAGGAAACGUAAGUGGUGAAUGUUAAAUGAUUCUGGGCUCUAAAAUUGAUUUUGUUGCCUUUUUUGGUGGGGGUGGUGGUAUUGGGAUUCAGCCCAUUUCCAAGGGAUAGUUUCCUCAUCUCAGACAAAUAGUUUAUUAUCAUUUUUAAAAGAAAUUCUGAAAACUUUAACUCCUGCCCUUCUUUCAUAUUACAGUUGUGUUAUUCCAAAAAUAUUGCCUACUUUUUAAAUAUAUUAGAUUUGCAUUCAGAUCUUAAACAUGCAAAAAUGUGAUAGGUUAGAUUUUUAAAGGAGUUAUCAGUACCAUUGUAUCUAAAUGAGACGUAAAUGGGUAGAUUUCUCUUUGAAGCUGAUAUUUUCCUUGGCAGACAGCACUGUAUCAUGCUCUUCACCAAGUUAUGCUCUGUAAUGCUGUAAUAGAGGAGGCUACUAACUUGUGAACCUACAGUCAACACACUGUUGCUGAAAACAAACUGAUUAAGAGCAGAUUUACUAGGGGGAAGAAAGAGUAAAAUGAUAUUUUCAUGCAAAUGUAUUUAAAAUUGUUUCAUUAAAAUAUAUACUGAGUGUAUACUGCUCCACAUUAAAAUUUUAUUUUGCAUUAACUUGUUAAGUAAUUAAUUUUAGCAAUCCUGCAUCCCAUUUUACUAGUACUACCUCUGAAAUAUACUGUCACCUUAAGACCAUGUCAGACUGUAAUGUGAAUUUUUGUAGAGUGUUUAUUUAAACUUUUAUAGAGGCAAUAAAUGAUUUCCAAUGAAUAGA